UGUUAGUCUUUCUCCUCUAUAUAAUCCCAUUCCCGAAUCCCAAAUCUUCACAAAUCAAAAUUUCUUUCAAUUCUCUCUGAUACCCUAACAAUCAGAUCUCUGCAAUUUUCUUCAAAAAUGGCUCGUACUAAGCAAACAGCAAGGAAAUCAACAGGAGGAAAAGCCCCAAGGAAGCAAUUAGCAACAAAAGCAGCUCGUAAAUCAGCACCAGCAACCGGAGGAGUGAAGAAACCUCACAGAUUCAGGCCAGGAACUGUCGCUCUUCGUGAGAUCAGGAAAUACCAAAAGAGUACUGAACUUUUGAUCCGUAAAUUACCAUUUCAGCGCUUAGUUCGUGAAAUAGCUCAAGAUUUCAAAACCGAUUUGAGGUUUCAGAGUUCAGCAGUUGCAGCUCUACAAGAAGCAGCUGAAGCUUAUCUUGUCGGAUUAUUUGAAGAUACAAAUCUCUGUGCGAUUCAUGCUAAAAGGGUUACUAUUAUGCCUAAGGAUAUUCAACUUGCCAGGAGAAUCAGAGGCGAGCGUGCUUGAAAAAGGGGAAGGGUCUUACCUAAUUUUUGUUCUAUCUUUUUGGGGGUUUUCUGUGAAAAUUUAGGUUUAGGAUCUAUGUUAUUUUAUUUUGGGAUGUUUAACUGUGUGUUCUAAUUUGAUAGAUUUAAUGGAAUAUAUUCACAGUUUCGGCAAUUAAUGUUUUGCUGCUUUGAUUUGAUUUUGUUCUGAAACUCUAAUUUUGAUUGGAUUCAAUCCAUCAUGAGACUAUACACCAA